CCAAGGUCUGGGGUCCGCGGAGGCGCUGGCGGUCAGAGGCUGCGCGCGCGGCCAGGCAACGGCAGGACUGGAACCUCGGUGUCUCCCCUCCAGAGCCCACACCCACGCGUCCAAGUCCCAGAGUCCAGCUGGACAGGGUCCCGGGCCUGGGGGGGGGGGGCUGGCGUGGUGCAGCCCCCGCCCCCUCCUCUCUCUGUGCUGCCCCCUAGGGAGAGCCUGUAGCAGACAUGUCUGACGACCAGACGGCUCAGGACCAGCAGAACGUGGUGCAGCGCGUGGCAGCCCUGCCGCUGGUCCAGGCCACGUGCAGUGCGGUCUCCGACGCUUACACGGCGGCCAAGGACAGGCACCCGCUGCUGGGCUCCGCCUGCCGCCUGGCCGAGCGCUGCGUGUGCAGCCUGACCACGCAGGCUCUGGACCACGCCCAGCCGCUGCUCAGCCACCUGCAGCCCCAGCUGGCCACGGUGAACCAUCUGGCCUGCAGGGGGCUGGACAAACUGGAGGAGAAACUGCCGUUUUUACAGCAACCCUCGGACACGGUGGUGACGUCGGCCAAGGACGCGGUGGCCAGCAGCGUCACCGGCGUGGUGGGCCUGGCGCGGCGGGGCCGGCGCUGGAGCGUGGAGCUGCAGCGCUCCGUGAGCCACGCGGUGGACACGGUGCUGGGCAAGUCCGAGGAGCUGGUGGAUCACUUCCUGCCGGUGACGGAGGAGGAGCUGGCGGCGCUGGCCGCCGAGGCCGCGGGCCCGGGAGUGGACUCGCUGGAGGAGCAGAGGAGACAGCAGGGCUACUUCGUGCGUCUGGGCUCCCUGUCCGCGCGGCUCCGCCACCUGGCCUAUGAGCACUCUCUGGGGAAACUGAGGCAGAGCAAACGCCGCGCCCAGGACACCCUGGCCCAGCUGUGGGAGACCCUGGAGCUGAUCCAUGGUGCGCAGUGUGGGGCGACCCCCGACCCCCCGGCCUGCCCGGGGCAGGUGCACCAGCUGUGGGAGGGCUGCAGCCAGCACCCCCUGGACAAUGGCCACAGCCGGAGCCAGGCCGAGCUGCAGACCCUGGUGCUGUGCCGGAGCCUGACCCUGGAGCUGCAGAGCGCGGUGGACACGCUGGAGGCCAGCGUGCGGGGGCUGCCCCCCGGGGCCCAGGAGAAGGUGGCCGAGGUGCGGCGCGGCGUGGACGCGCUGCGGGCCGCCUUCGCCGACGCCCGCUGCUUCGGGGACGUGCCGGCGGCGGCGCUGGCCGAGGGCCGGGGCCGCGUGGCGCGGGCGCACGCCUGCGUGGACGAGCUGCUGGAGUUGGUGGUGCAGGCCGUGCCGCUGCCCUGGCUCGUGGGGCCCUUCGCGCCCAUCCUGGUGGAGCGGCCUGAGCCCCUGCCUGACCUGGCCGCCUGCGUGGACGAGGUGGUCGGGAGCCCCGACCCCCGCUGGGCGCACCUGGACUGGCCGGCCCAGCAGAGAGCCUGGGAGGCCCAGCACGGGCAGGGGUCGGGCCUCCCAGGGGGCCCUGGCGAGGAGGAGCCGGCGCCCCCUAGCGGCCCGGACAAGCACAGCCUGAUGCCGGAGCUGGACUUCUGAGCCGGCACGCGGAGGUCCCUGCUGCCCCCUAGUGGCCAGGCGUGGGAAGUCACGGCCGGCGCGCACAGGGGGCUGGGGGCUGAGGGGGCUUCGCCCUCCCAUCCCGUCCUCGGACAUCGGGCCACCUGUCUGUGGACCUGGCCCCCACCUCUAUGUGCUGCCCAGCCCCCCCACCCCGCGUCCAAUGGCUUCUCCUGGGGGGAGGGGCUUAGAGAGGGAGCGCCUUCCCCAGCUUAGAGACCCUGGACUGAGGGGUCCCCGAGGGUGCCGGACCCAGCAGCUGUCCCUCCUGGGUUUGCUCCCCGGAAUAAAGGCGCUUUGUACUGCCCAA